CUGCACCUGGCCUCCACCUCCUUCUCUUCCUGCUCUCCUCCAAGGCCCAGGUCAAAUGCUAUCUUCUUGAUGAAAACUUCCUAGAUCUUCCUUUUAGGAAUAGCUUUCUCCUUCCCCCACACCAGCAGAACUCUCCUGGUACCUUUGUUACAUCAUCAACGCCUCCUGCCUGGCUUUAGAAGUAGCUGGAUGCCUGUCUAUCUCCUUCCCAGACUGUGAAGUUCUUUUCAGCAAAAUUCAGCAAAUGGCUGAUGACCUACUACCUACCAUGUGCCAAGCAGUGUGCUAGGCCCUGGAGGAUGAAAAAAUAUUCAGUAGGAACCAAAUCCCAGUCCUCAAAAGCUCUCAAUCUCAUAGAAGAGAUAAGAGGUGAACAUAAACAUUAUCCCAAUGUUCUAUAGUAGUUGAGACAAGAAAGUGACCUUCCUGGUGGGUGGGGUGGACCAGAGAAGAAUUCAUGGAAAAGAUGGCAUUUGAUUAGGGUUACUUGGACAAUUAUCUCAUCCUGCUCAUUGUCCUCUCUUCUGACCCCCUUAACCACCUUCUGAAACUGUUGCUGGUGCAUCCUUGACCCAAUUCUGAUAUUCUUGCUUGAUGUUGCCUGCUUGGUGUUGGUUGUCCAUAUGCCUGGCAGGGCGUGCUGAUGCCCAGCUGUGUCCAUGCCAGGAUUCCAGAGGAGAGUCAGCCACCCAGCAAGCAGGUGAAGCCACUCUUCCGCCACUUCCGCCGGAUAGACUCCUGUCUGCAGACCCGCGUGGCCUUCCGGGGCUCUGAUGAGAUCUUCUGCCGUGUGUACAUGCCUGACCACUCUUAUGUGACCAUACGCAGCCGCCUUUCAGCAUCUGUGCAGGACAUUCUGGGUUCUGUGACGGAGAAACUUCAAUAUUCAGAGGAGCCCGCGGGGCGUGAGGAUUCCCUCAUCCUGGUAGCUGUGGCCUCCUCAGGAGAGAAGGUCCUUCUCCAGCCCACUGAGGACUGUGUUUUCACCACACUGGGCAUCAAUAGCCACCUGUUUGCCUGUACCCGGGACAGCUAUGAGGCUCUGGUGCCCCUCCCCGAGGAGAUUCAGGUCUCCCCUGGAGACACGGAGAUCCACCGAGUGGAGCCUGAGGACGUUGCCAACCACCUAACUGCUUUCCACUGGGAGCUGUUCCGAUGUGUGCACGAGCUGGAGUUCGUGGACUACGUGUUCCACGGGGAGCGUGGCCGCCGGGAGACGGCCAACCUGGAGCUGCUGCUGCAGCGCUGCAGCGAGGUCACGCACUGGGUGGCCACCGAAGUGCUGCUCUGCGAGGCCCCGGGCAAGCGCGCGCAGCUGCUCAAGAAGUUCAUCAAGAUCGCGGCCCUCUGCAAGCAGAACCAGGACCUGCUGUCUUUCUAUGCUGUGGUCAUGGGGCUGGACAACGCUGCUGUCAGUCGCCUUCGACUCACCUGGGAGAAGCUGCCAGGGAAAUUCAAGAACUUGUUCCGCAAAUUUGAGAACCUGACGGACCCCUGCAGGAACCACAAAAGCUACCGAGAAGUGAUCUCCAAAAUGAAGCCUCCUGUGAUUCCCUUCGUGCCUCUGAUCCUCAAAGAUCUGACUUUUCUGCACGAAGGGAGUAAGACCCUUGUAGAUGGUUUGGUGAACAUUGAGAAGCUGCAUUCAGUGGCCGAAAAAGUGAGAACAAUCCGCAAAUACCGGAGCCGGCCCCUUUGCUUGGACAUGGAGGCAUCCCCCCAUCACCUGCAGACCAAGGCCUAUGUGCGCCAGUUUCAGGUCAUCGAUAACCAGAACCUCCUCUUCGAGCUCUCCUACAAGCUGGAGGCGAAUAGUCAGUGAGAGUGGAGGCUCCAGUCAGACCCGCCAGAUCCUUGGGCACCUGGCACUCAAGCACUUUGCACGAUGUCUCAACCAACAUCUGACAUCUUUCCUGUGGAGCAAAUUCCUGCUCCACGGGAAAGAGUUGGAUGGAUUUACCCCUGGACCCAUAAGUCUGUUCAUCCUGCUGAAGUCCUCUCCCCAUUGCUCCUUCAAGCCAAAACUACACUUUGCUGGUUCCUGUCCCCUCUGAGAAAGGGGGCAGAAAGCUCCUUCCUCUAUCCCCUCCCAUCGAGAUCUGUUCUGGGGAUGGAGCUUCCAGCUUCCUCUUCCCAGCAGGAAAGAAUGCCGCCCACCCUUCUGUCUUGCAGAGUGGGAUUGUGGGAGGGAUUGGCAGCCUUCUUCUCCACCACCUGUCCAGCUUCUUCCUGGUCAGGGCUGGGACCCCAAGGAAUAUUAUGUUGCUGUGUGUGUGUGUGUGUCUGUCUGUCUCCUUUUAGGGAGCAGGAGUGCAUCUGGUAAUCGAGGGCGGAUGUUGGGUGUACUGGGGAGGGGUCCUUCUGUUUGGUGCUACCCUUGUCUACUCUGCCCCUGGAUGGUAUGGGGUGCUUUCUCCACCCCCACACUCUCUGCUCAGCUCCUCAUGCUGCCCUGCAUGCCCAGGCUGGUGAGCCAAGCUGCUUUUCAGGGCAGGGAGUGGCAGCAGGUAGGAGGGGUUACCCAUCAGCCCCUGCAAGUCCCCCACUCAGGCCUCCUGAAGGUCCGGGAAUGGACUCUGUUGAGAGGGUAAAAGAUGCUCAGGGAAACACAGGCCUCAGCUGCCUAGAGGACCCUCCCCCUGCCUUGCAGUGGGCUGGGGUAGAGCAGUAUCAGGAGCUAGGGGUGUCUGCUGCCCACAUUCCUGCUUUUUGGGGUAUCUAACUGCUAAGGGGGGAGUUGGCAUCCCCCUUCUGUCUCGUGUCUGACACCAACAACAUGGUCUCUGUCCCUCUCCCUGUCUUGACUCCUCCUUUGUCCUCCCCGUAGAGCUGGGGUGGGGUGGAUCCCUAUACCUGGGGCAGGCAGCCCCAAAGUGGGGGAGGGGGAUGGCGGAGACUGUAAAGGCGCCACCGGACUUUGGCAAGGCCUUUAUUACCUCUGCUCCCCUCCCUCCCAUCACCAGCCUCAAGGCCUGAGGGGUGCAGGGGCUCCUGGCAGCUACUGGGUGAGGUUUCCUGGCACAGCCUCACCCUUCUUUCUGGCACCACCUCUUUCCCUUUUGAAGAGGCAGCAACAGCAGUAGCAAAAGCAGCUGCUGUUCCUGCUAUGAGGGUGUAUAUAUUUUUUACCCAAAGUUCUGGAAUUGUACAUUUAUUUUUUAAAACUCAAAGAGGGAAAGAGCCUUGUAUCAUAUGUGAACAUUGUAUCAUAGGUAAUGUUGUACAGACCCUUUUAUACAGUGAUCUGUCUCGUUCCUGUGGCAAAAAUCCUCUGUGAACAUAGGCAGGCGCUGUGUCCCAUGCCCUCUUGCCCUGACAGUGUCCCAUGGGCCCCCUCCUAUUCCUUGCCCCCUCCCUGCUACUGCUGAUGCACUCUCCUCUCCCUGCAGCCCCCAGCUUCCCAGCCUUCCCCCUGACCCCUUCCAGCAGCCUUGGAACUCCAGCUGCCACCACCCUCUGGGUCGAAUACUGGGACACACUGGCCCAGUCUUUGCUGCUGCUCACCCCUAACCUUGAUGCCUGCCCAGGGACCCCCAGCCCCCUCCCCUUGCCCUGCAGCUUUAACAGAGUGAACCAUGUGUAUUGUACAGGCUCGGUUGUCAUUGCAGAAACUGCUGGGUGGAAAAGAAGCCGAUAAAGUCUAUGAGUC